AUGCGCGGAGCUCCGCUUCUCGAGCGCGAGCCGCCGGCGGUGCUCAUCCAACUUCCGGUGUUCAACGAGCGCUACGUGGUCGAGCGGUUGAUCCGCGCGGUGGCGGCGCUCGACUAUCCGCGCUCACGCCUCAGCGUGCAGGUGCUCGACGACUCGACGGAUGACACCGGGACGAUCGCCGACCGGGUGGUGGCGGAAUGCGCGGCCGCCGGGCUCGAUAUCUGCCGCAUCCACCGGACCGACCGCCGGGGCUUCAAGGCCGGGGCUCUGCAGGUGGGUCUCGACGCGUCGGACGCGCCGUUCGUGGUGAUCUUUGACGCCGAUUUCGUUCCCAAACCCGACUUCUUACAGGAGGCGCUCCCGUAUCUGCUCGGCGACGAGCGGACCGGCCUCGUCCAGGCCCGCUGGGACCAUCUGAACCGCGACUACUCGCUCCUGACCGACGUCCAGGCCAUUCUCCUGGAUGGGCACUUCAUGACCGAGCACGGCGGGCGCCACGUCUCGGGUUGCUUUUUCAACUUCAACGGCACGGCGGGAAUCUGGCGGCGGGCGGCGAUCGAGGACGCCGGAGGCUGGGAAGGGGACACGCUGACCGAGGAUCUCGACCUCUCCUACCGGGCUCAGCUUCGGGGGUGGCGAUUCGUGUUCGUGCCCGAGAUCGCAGCCCCGGCCGAGCUUCCGGUCUCGAUGAACGCCUUCAAGGCGCAGCAGCGCCGCUGGGCUCAGGGAUCGCUCCAGACCGCCCGGAAGUUGCUGCCGCAAAUCCUGGCCUCCCCGCUGCCGCUGCGCGUCCGCGCGGAGGCGUUCUUCCACCUCUCGAGCAACCUUGCCUAUCCGUUGAUGGCGGUGCUGAGCCUGCUCAUGGCGCCGGUGCUCUUCGCCCGGGUGAGCACCGGACUCCGGGAAAUGGCGCUCCUCGACAUUCCGAUAUUCGCCGCCGCCACCCUCUCGGUGGUGUCCUUCUAUUCCUUUUCCCAGAGCGCCUGCUCCGGCUCCAGCCGCUGGGCGAGCGGGAGGGGCUCUGGCGCCGGGUGCGGGGAAUUCCCCUGGCGCUCGCCGUGGGCAUCGGCAUCUCGUUCAGCAACGCGGCCGCGGUGCUUGCCGGCGUGGUGGGCCGGCCGACCCCUUUCGUCCGGACGCCCAAGUACGGCAUUGCCCAGACAAGUGACAAGACAAGUGACAACUGGCGCGGCAAGUCCUACCGGAUGCCCGCCGGCGCCAUCCCGGCGCUGGAGUUCGGUCUGGGACUCGUGA